UCAGGAAGAAGACACGCACUGUGAUGGCAAACACAAACAGCUAGUUCAACCGCAGUGCGAAAUAAAUUUAGUGUUACUUAAAUUGAUAAAAUUCGUGGUUACUUGAAACAUUCAAGCGGAAUGUCAUAUCCAUUCAAUCUCUCUGCGGAGAUGAACCCCGCGGUGCUGCCGCUGGACUGGCUCCUGGAAACCUGGAGGUCCGAUGAGCCCGGGGAGGGAUCCUUCCCCUCCAUCACGCCUUUUCGUUACACAGAGACUCUUCAUUUCUCACAUGUAGGACAACCCGUGAUCAAUUUUAUUAAGUUUAAUGCAUUCCAUGCUGAGAGCAAAAAGCCACUUCACAGGGAGUGUGGAUUCAUCAGGAUUCAGCCAGGCACCAACAGGGUGGCCUUCAUCAUCGCACAGAACUCAGGUCUUGUGGAGAUUGAAGAGGGGGAACUCACUGGACAGCAGCUGACUCUGCACAGUACCGCCCUGGCUAGAACAUCUUUUGCCAAGCAGCCUUAUGUUCAACAGAUGUCCAGGCACAUCCAGUUGAAGCCGGAUGGAAGACUGGAACAGACAAUCUCUAUGGCACUGGAAGGACAGCCUCUGACGCAGCAUUUGCACAUCCCUUACCGCAGGACUGAUUAACUGGCUGUCAUGUGGGAGGAAGAUGUGUACUAAUGUACUUGCCUGACACAAAAUAUUGAUGGUUUAUAUAUAGCAACCUGUGGGUGAUGGUACUAUUUCUGUGAGUAAGAAUGUUAUCUAAAGUAAUAGAUGUGAUCUGACCUGUCUUCCCAACAAAACAAGCUUUGUAAAUAUUGUUACAAUAUAUAAAGGGGUCACUCAUUUUGUAUAAUGUAGAGCAACUACAAUAAAAAUGUGAAAGUCUUUUCAAAUUUAAAGGUGCACUGUGUAAUUUUUAGCGGCAUCUAUCGGUGAGGUGGAGAAUUGCAACCAACGGCUCAGUCCCCCACUCACCCCUCCCUUUAGAGAAGCUAUGGUGGCAGACACAGGUAAAGAUUUUGCCGGUAAAGACAAAAUUUUCUUUACAAUGGUAAAUCAAGGAUUUACUUAAUUAUUCAAUAAAUCAAUGUUAUUGCAAAUGUUAAUGUACUUCAUCAUUGUGUCAGUGUUUUAUUCACAAAAACAACAAAGUGAUGAAAUGCCUUGUAGAGCAGUUUGUCCGUUUAGGGCUACUGUAUAAACAUGGUGAAGACCAUAGACAGUAAAAGAAAUGGACACAGC